UGGGCAAGAAGAUUAAUGGUGGAUGAUCCGCAACACUGGGACACGAUUUCUGAGGACGGCAUACAUUAUGAGCAGGUCUUCAGAGUUGACACAGACAGUUUCAAGCAGGACUCAAACCAAACUGGAGGUGUUCACAUUAUCCAGCAGUACUGGGGCUGUGAAUGGGACGAUGAGACAGAAAAGCUUGAUGGUUUUCUACAAUAUGGUUAUAAUGGAGAAGACUUCCUCACAUUUGACCAGGAGACUGAGACAUGGAUCGCUGCAAACCCCCAGGCUGAAACCACUAAACUGGAGUGGGAUGGAGAUACAGCUAGAACUGUGCUUUGGACGAACCUCCUCGCCAAAUCUUGUCCUGCUUGGCUGAAGAAGUAUUUCAUCUAUACCAAUGAGCUUCCCUCAGUGUCUCUCCUCCAGAAGACUCCCUCCUCUCCAGUCAGCUGCCACGCUACAGGUUUCUACCCUCACAGAGCUGUGAUGUUCUGGAGGAAAGAUGGAGAGGAUCUUUAUGAGGACGUGGACCAAGGAGAGAUCCUCCCCAACCAUGAUGGAACCUUCCAGAUGAGAGUUGACCUCAAUAUAUCAUCCAUCAAUCCAGAAGACUGGAGGAGGUACGACUGUGUGUUUCAGCUCUCUGGUGUGACGGAGGACACCGUCACCGUGCUACACAAACCAGUGAUCAGGACCAACUGGGAAAAGAUUGGGAUUGGAAAUGAUCAAGAGACGCGCAGUGACAAGACCCUCCCCAUCAUUGUUGCAGUGGUUGUUCUUGUAAUCCUCAUUUCUAUUAUUGGAUUUACUGUUCACAAAAAGAAGACAGCCAAAUCCCCUGCACCUAUUACUGACAACAUCCUUGAACUCUCUGCACUGAACACAGCAACCUGAUCACACCAAAACAAUAAGACAAACAGAUGGUGUGUGCAG